AUGGGUUUGAGAAAGCUAAUUAACCAUCAAAAGUGCAGGCAGUCAUAUAUCUUUCUUGCAUCUUUGGUUCUCGGAUUUGCCUGUGUAAUUCACCAAGUGCAAGAGGCCUCCAAGUACAAGGUGUUAAGAAGCUUCACAUCUCAGGCAUUGAAAACUUCCAGAAUGCACAAUAUUAGUUGUGUCACCUAUGAAGCCAGAUUCCUCUGCUUCAACAAUUCUGUAGACAUGAGGAAGGCGAAUAUGGAUUUUUUGCAUCCAUGUACUGCUAAUAGAGUAACUGAGCUUCCCGGGUUUAAAGAUGAAGUUCAUAUCAGUGGCAUUCCGGAGCAGAUGGGUGAUAAGACUUGUGGAUAUUGGAUUAUGCAUUACAUGAGGGAUAUAGUAGAGGACAAAAACCAAGAGUGGAGUGCUAAGUGGGAAAGAAAAGCAAAUCACUAUUACACAAUGGAGAAUGUUGAUGUUGUCCGGGCAGAGUGGGCAAAGUAUGUUAUGAAGUUCAAAGAUAACUAGUGCAUGUGUAGGUUUAUUAACUAGUGCAUCAACUUUUGGACAUGGA